AUUGGAGCUGGAGUGAGCGCACCGCGGGAGGAGCCGCCACAGCCUCGGAGAUCCCGAGUGGAGGAGGUGACAGCUCCAUUGCCGGGUUUUUAUUUUUAUUUUUUCUCCGCCUCCCCGUCUCCUCCUCAGGCUCGGACCAUGGUGCAGUCCCACUGGCUCCCCUGCCCCCCUCUCCUGUGAGACUGGCUGCGGGGAGGGAUCAUGGAUACUUGUCUGCCGGCUUCUGGUUCCCACGCAAGUAAGCCUGCUGUCAAUGGAGGAGGACAUUGAUACCCGCAAAAUCAACAACAGUUUCCUGCGCGACCACAGCUAUGCGACCGAAGCUGACAUUAUCUCUACGGUAGAAUUCAACCACACGGGAGAAUUACUAGCGACAGGGGACAAGGGGGGUCGGGUUGUAAUAUUUCAACGAGAGCAGGAGAGCAAAAAUCAGGUUCAUCGUAGGGGUGAAUACAAUGUUUACAGCACGUUCCAGAGCCAUGAACCCGAGUUCGAUUACCUGAAGAGUUUGGAAAUAGAAGAAAAAAUCAAUAAAAUAAGAUGGCUCCCCCAGCAGAAUGCAGCCUACUUCCUUCUGUCUACUAACGAUAAAACUGUGAAGCUGUGGAAAGUCAGCGAGCGCGAUAAACGGCCGGAGGGUUACAACCUGAAAGAUGAGGAGGGCCGGCUGCGGGAUCCUGCCACCAUCACAACCUUGCGGGUGCCUGUCCUCAGACCCAUGGACCUGAUGGUGGAGGCCACCCCGCGAAGAGUAUUUGCCAACGCACACACAUAUCAUAUCAACUCCAUAUCAGUCAACAGCGACUAUGAAACCUACAUGUCAGCUGAUGACCUGAGGAUUAACCUAUGGAACUUUGAAAUAACCAAUCAAAGUUUUAACAUCGUGGACAUUAAGCCGGCCAACAUGGAGGAGCUCACGGAGGUGAUCACGGCGGCCGAGUUCCACCCCCAUCACUGCAACACCUUCGUGUACAGCAGCAGCAAAGGGACAAUCCGGCUGUGUGACAUGCGGGCGUCGGCCCUGUGUGACAGGCACACCAAAUUUUUUGAGGAGCCGGAAGAUCCAAGCAACCGGUCGUUUUUCUCUGAAAUUAUCUCUUCGAUUUCGGAUGUGAAGUUCAGCCACAGUGGGAGGUACAUCAUGACCAGGGACUAUCUGACCGUUAAAGUCUGGGAUCUCAACAUGGAAAACCGCCCCAUCGAGACUUACCAGAUCAACUUGCCAAACGGAUUGAAGGAAUUUAGGGAGGAGGCAAUAGUGGCAUGCAGGUGGAGAAGGCGGGAGGAUGGAGAGUCUGUGAGCACUCAGUUGCACCGUUUGCCUUUCAGCGUCAUCAUGACCGGCUCCUACAACAACUUCUUCAGGAUGUUUGACCGAAACACCAAGCGUGAUGUCACCCUGGAGGCCUCGAGGGAAAACAGCAAACCCCGGGCUAUCCUGAAACCGCGAAAAGUGUGCGUGGGGGGCAAGCGGAGAAAAGACGAGAUCAGCGUCGACAGCCUGGACUUUAGCAAAAAGAUCUUGCAUACAGCUUGGCAUCCUUCAGAAAAUAUUAUAGCAGUGGCGGCUACAAAUAACCUAUAUAUAUUCCAGGACAAGGUUAACUAGGAGGACAAGUUAUUAUUGCUUAAUAAUCUCACAUACUGAAUACUAGUCAAACAUGUUUUUAAA